CGAACGCCGGUCGUCAGUUGUCUCGCACCCCUCGCCGUGAAAAGACGCGUUCAACCAUCGCUCAAGUGUUAGUUUCUCACGAAAUAAAGCUCUCUCCGCCGUGAGUGCCAUAUUCGCAUUGUGUUAAGUGAAAACGCGUGCAGUGAACAUACAAUUUGCUUUUUUUAAUCACGGGAUGCUAAACUUGUGUGCAAUUAGACGGACGAAGCUUACAGCAGUAACCAGUGACUAAUGCGGUGGUUGGGUUGGCGAGGAUGCGCGAAGAGGAGCUCGAGGUAGCCCUCAAGGUGGUGAUCGUUGGCGAUGGAGGUGUCGGCAAGUCCAGCAUGAUCCAGCGCUACUGCAGGGGCACCUUCACCAGGGACUAUAAGAAGACUAUUGGGGUCGACUUUCUUGAACGACAGAUUGAAAUUGACGGCGAGGACGUCCGGCUAAUGCUAUGGGACACAGCAGGGCAGGAGGAAUUCGAUGCCAUCACGAAGGCGUACUACCGCGGCGCACACGCUUGUGUCCUUGCCUUCUCCACGACAGACCGGGAUUCGUUUCUCGCGCUGCACUCAUGGAAAUUAAAGGUGGAGAACGAAUGCGGGGAAAUUCCCACGAUAAUAGUUCAAAAUAAAAUAGAUCUGAUGGACCAGUGCGUCGUCGGGCCAGAUGAGGCGGAACUAGUGGCGCGAGCACUCGGCUGUAGAUUGAUGCGGGCGUCGGUAAAGGAAGACGUCAACGUGGGGGCUGUCUUCAGGGCACUCGCAGCUCGAUGUCUAGCCGACAUGAGGCGGGAAGACGCUGCUGCUGAAAACGGGCUGGCACUUAACGUCGCCCCUGUUAUAGGUAACUUUACAAAUCAUAACAGCAACGGCACGAUCCUACUGCGACCGACAAAACACCGGCCCGGGGGUAAGAAGAAGAACGUACUCAAGAACGCCUGUAGGAUAUUGUGAGCGCCAUACAUUGCAGUUUCCUAACGGAAAACGCAGUGGACUUUAUCCAAGUGAUAAUUAAUCAACAUCAAUAGUUUAUUUUUGGACAUUCCCGUAAUGAGUGUAAAGGUGACUGCGCAUUCGUAACAUACGCGCCGAAGCUGAUGACGUCAUCAACAUUUUCGUAUUCUAAAUGAAAUUGCUUAUAUUUGUCAACCAUUUUGCGAGGCGAAUGCCAAAAUACGUUUCACUUCCAACAAAACUUUUUUUUUUAAUUCUUCGAUUGAUUUCGAAAUUCUAAAAAAUAUUUUGCAAGAAAUAGAGAACAAUACUGCAAUGUGUUUCCGUUAGCGCCAUCAGCAAAUAACAACUUCCAAUAAUAUAUUAAUGUAAAUAGUAGUAGCAUUGUAUAAACAUUUUGCAUGUGCAAUCAAUUUAGAUAUUUAGUACAUAAGUAGUUAGCACUCUAUAUACUUGCUAUAAGUGGAGUUUCUUCUUAUAUUUUAUAAGCUUCGUUAU